CCUCCCACGCAGACCUCUCAGGCGCUCCUCUCAGCCGGAGGCUCAGUGCAAGAAGCGCAAGCCGCUCGGUAGUAAAACGGGAGAAAACAGUGAAGAAGGAGAUGGUGAUGAUGAGGGGAGAUACAGUGUGUGGGCAACACUAGUUCAUUAUCGGCUGCGUGGUGGAGAGAGAGAGAGGCAUCCACAUGACGGUGUGAGGAGCGUCUUGGACAGACAGAGAGAAAGAGAGAGAGAGGAAGGACAACCAGGGGAAGACGGAAGGAUCUGUCUCUUCAUGACUGCUUGAAACAGGUUUCCCACGAGACCUGCCUCUUGGACCAGGUGCUGGAGCUGAUUAUGAAUGAGAAGCCCCCGAACAGUGCUAGUCUUUUCCUAAACGAGGACUCGGACAAACCCCCCCUGCCAGAGAGAGGAGACUUAAGGAGGCGCCUACACAGGGCCAUGGAGAGGAGAGCCAGCAGCAUGAAGGAGAGGAUGAGCUCCAUCAGUAGGGAGAGCGUCAAAGGUUUCCUCAAGAGGAACCUGUUUGUUCUGUUCACUGUUGCCGCUGUGGCUCUGGGUGUAGUCCUGGGCUUUACUUUACGCCCCCACAACCUGUCCCUGAGGGAGAUCAAGUACUUUGCCUUUCCUGGGGAGCUACUAAUGAGAAUGCUACAGAUGCUGGUGCUGCCUCUCAUUGUCUCCAGUCUGGUAACAGGUAUUUCCUCCUUGGACAGCAAAGCGUCAGGUAAGAUGGGUGUGCGCGCUGUGGUGUACUACAUGGUGACUACCCUGAUCGCCGUGUUCAUCGGCAUUGUCAUCGUGAUAAUCAUCCGGCCGGGGAAAGGCAGCAGGGACAGUCCGGUGGCCAACAGUGGAAACAUAGAGCCAGUUCAGGCUGCUGAUGCUUUCCUGGAUCUCAUCAGGAACAUGUUUCCUCCCAAUCUGGUAGAGGCUUGUUUCAAGCAGUAUAAAACUGUGUACAAGAAGACUGUGCACACAAGGAACGUGACAGUGACUCUGAACCUCACUGACUCUCUCAACCUCACAGAGUCUAACCUCAACAUGAACCUCAGCAGGGUGCUGCACACCAUACAGGAGACAGUAGAGGAGACUGUCCCUGUGUCUGGCUCCUCUGGUGGAGUGAACGCUCUAGGUUUGGUGGUUUUCUCCAUGUGUUUUGGUCUGGUCAUUGGCAACAUGAAGCAGCAGGGUCAGGCCCUCAGGGACUUCUUUGACUGUCUGAAUGAAGCCAUCAUGAGGCUGGUGUCCAUCAUCAUCUGGUACGCUCCAGUGGGCAUCUUGUUCCUGAUUGCAGGGAAGAUUGUGGAGAUGAAGAAUCUGGCAGAAGUUGGCGGCCAGCUGGGGAUGUACACUGUGUCGGUCAUUGUGGGUCUCCUCAUCCACGGGCUCUUUGUCCUGCCGCUGCUCUACUUCUUGGUGACCAGGAAGAAUCCUUACAGUUUCAUUGGUGGACUGCUGCAGGCCCUCAUCACCGCUCUGGGAACCUCGUCCAGCUCUGCUACCCUCCCCAUCACCUUCCGCUGUCUGGAGGAGAACAACCGUGUGGAUAAACGAGUGACGCGUUUCGUCCUCCCCGUGGGUGCCACCAUCAACAUGGAUGGCACCGCCCUCUACGAGGCUGUGGCAGCCAUCUUUAUUGCUCAAGUCAAUGACAUGGACCUGAACUUCGGCCAGAUUCUCACCAUCAGUAUCACGGCAACUGCUGCCAGCAUCGGAGCAGCAGGCAUCCCUCAGGCUGGCCUGGUAACCAUGGUGAUUGUAUUGACAUCGGUGGGACUGCCCACAGAGGACAUUACACUGAUCAUCGCUGUGGAUUGGUUCUUGGAUCGCUUGCGUACCACCACCAACGUGCUGGGCGACUCACUUGGGGCUGGCAUCGUGGAGCACCUUUCCCGCAGAGAGCUACAGAAUCAGGAUGCAGAGGUGCGCAACUCUGUCAUCGAGGAGAACGAGAAGCCCUACCAGCUGAUCUGCCAGGAAAACGAUACACUCAAUCACUGCAACAGUGAGACCACGAUGUGAAGAGAAGAGCUUACACCCUUAAGGGCUUAAUGUACUAAAAGCAUUUUAGCUAGAAGGUUGGCUUACAAUGGUGCAGGGACAGUUUUUAGAAAAUAAUAGUUCUUGGUCAACUCAGCUUCAGCUUAGGGCGAUAACAAAGCCUGGCCCGGGGCUGCCUGUUGACACGAACCAGGACACGUGCUGUUUAGAAACAGUUACACAUCCUAUGCCUACAAUUUAUGUUUUUGCCUGGAGUGCCAGUUAUUUGGGGGUAUUUUGCCAUUUUAUUCAAUGUCAGACAAGCUCGAUAUGUCAAAAAAAAAGUCAUUAAAAAAAAUUAUUCACCUUUAUUGCGUUUUCAAAGAUUUGUAUAAUUUUUAAGUGUCAGGGACUCCUCACCAGCAACAGUGUUAGAAUACGCUAUUAUUGUAGAGAAACACCAUCAUUCAUAAAUAAAAAUUAAACCAGAUGAUUAUUCAAGCAUUUAUUGCCUGACUUAACAAUUAAUAUUUAUUAUUUCUUUUGCAAACACUUUUGUCAUUCUCAUUGUGACUACCUCUGAUAGGACUUAGCUAUGGCUCUUCGACAGCACCGCUCAUGAUACUCAAGCAUAUCAGCAGAAUGUAAAUACUUCAAUCUAUUUAAGUUUAUAAUAUUAAGUUUGCUUGCACAAUGUAAUUGUACAAUUUUGAAUGUACUUUACUGUUAAACACUGGAGGAUGGUGUGAAAGAGAAUCUUGUUUUGAAGUUGAUAUAUUUUAAGUGACUUGGUAGAUCGUUUUUCACUCAGUGCUUUCUUAUUAAUAUUAUAUUUGUGUGUAUUUCCUGUAUUUCUUUGGUGCUAUUUCUUUUGAACUGUGGCACAGGACUGUACAAUACACUGCUACACAAUAAUUUCACAUCUGCUGUUAAAAUUUUAAACUCUUUUUUUUACUCCAGGAUACAUACAAAAGGAGACACUCAUACAUAUUUGUUAGUUUUUUUGCAGGUUUUAUCUUCCAUUUUAAGAUUUGGUUGUUGUAAUUUUUGUUGUUGUUUUUACAUCAUUACUGAUUUAUAAACUAUAAAUAACUGUAGUUUCAAGACCUUUUGUUGUCGUCACAGUGUGCUUAACAUCAAUAUACCAUAACACCUGCCUGUUUGUGUUUUCUGCUUUAUAAGUCAAACGAAAGUUGUUGUUUAAUUUUGUUAUAUUUUGACGGGGAUAAUAUAUUACAGGCUAAUGAUUGAUUUAUUCUUAUUGUUUUGUGAAAAGGUACUGUGAAGAACGCUUGUGAACGCCUUGAGGAAUUGAAUGUACAGUUGCUUUAUGCUAUUUGGUGUGAAUAGUUUUAGAGAAAAGUGUAGUGUAUAAUUAUGAAAGUGAAAAGUUAUAUCGGCCUUUAACGUUUAAUUGAAAGCUCUUCUGACUUUUAUGUCACUUUAAGCUCAUUAAGAGGUUUUACUUUAGUUCUGAUGCUCUGUGUUAUUUCAGUAAAAAGCUCAACAUUUUGAUGGACAGCUCAUGGAAAAUGUGACAAAUAAAAGGCUCAGGAAUUGAA